AUGACAGUGAACAGGCGUCUAUCGGAAAUGGCCAAGCCUUCAUGGUGGACAGUUUUCAUAAUGAUAUGUUGCUUUUUUUCAGUCAGUAGCUUUUCCAGCCGGGUCAUUUCCAACGUUGCAUUGAACAAACCAACUAGCCAGUCCUCGACCGUGCAAGCUUCUUCGCGAGCUGUAGACGGAAAGGUGAAUCCUCCAACCUGUAUGUCUACCUCAGAGACAGGAUAUCAAUGGUGGCAGGUUGAUCUAGGAUCAGUCUACACGAUAGCGAAUGUGUCUAUUCAAAACAAUAUUGGUAAACCUCUGGGAUAUAUUACUGUAGAAACAUCCGAAGACGGCGCUAUUGACGGAAACGACCAUCUCCUUGAUGCGAGGCUGUGUAACGAUUUCACAGAGUCCCGUCCUUACAGUGGUGAAGUUAUCGUGGUUCCAUGCUCAAAUGGCGCAAUCGGACGCUUCGUUAGAAUAUCCAAGACAGUCGAAAAUUCCGAUGACACUUUGACCUUCUGUGAAGUUGUUGUUGAAGUCUUUAGGGAUAAAUGCAACUUAGCCAAUAUAGCACUUCAUAAAACGGCCAUCCAAUCAUCCUUAUACCAAGAAAACGGUGCAUUACGGGCUGUGGAUGGAAAUUUGGAUCCUGAAUUAGGUGGGGAAUCUUGCAUGCACACCAGAUUCGAAGACACAGGUCAGUGGUGGCAGGUAGACUUUGGAGGCCUCUACAGCGUCACUAAGGUUUCUAUACAGAACAGAUUCCGUUCAGCAGACCGUCUGAGUGACUUUGUAGUGGAAAUCUCUGAAUCAAAUGCCACGGGAGCAGACGGACAUCUUGAAAACAGCAGACUGUGUUAUAAGUACACCGAAGCUCAUGUACCCUCGUCGGAACUGAGGAGCCUGACCUGUUACAAUGACACCAUCGGACGCUAUCUCAGGAUUACCAAGUAUUCCGACAUGUUGCACGCUUGUGAAGUCAUUGUAGAAGGUAAACCAGUUGCAUGUCUCGACAAUGCCUGUCUAAACAUCCCUACAAUUAGACAAGGUGAUGGUCAAACUUUACAGGAUAUAAUAAAUUCGUGGAAACAUCAGUUGUCAGGAACAGGAACUAGGUGUAACUUCCGGCGCAAAUGGAUCAGUGAGAGAAAUGCAAAAACAGCUGGAUGGUAUUGGUUUGCCGAAAUGCAGUAA